GAUCCCCCUGCAUGUGCUGCUGCUCUGCUCACCUUGAGGGACGUGACUGAGGUCCUGCUGCUGCCCUGGGCACCAUGGUCAUGCACAGAGCCCAGCUCCCCUGUGCAGCCAUAGCCUUUGCUCUCUGCCUUCACCUCGCCAGCACCAUUGAAGUCCCUCUGGAUUCAAACAUUCAGAGUGAAUUGCCUCAGCCCCCCACAAUCACCAAGCAGUCCGUGAAGGACUACAUCGUCGACCCGAGGGAUGACAUCUUCAUCGAAUGUGAAGCCAAAGGGAACCCAGUUCCCACCUUCUCCUGGACACGGAACGGGAAGUUCUUCAACGUGGCCAAGGACCCCAGGGUGUCGAUGCGGCGGCGGUCGGGGACCUUGGUCAUCGACUUCCACAGCGGGGGGCGGCCGGACGACUACGAGGGGGAGUACCAAUGCUUCGCCCGCAACGACUACGGCACCGCCCUCUCCAGCAAGAUCCACCUCCAGGUCUCCAAGUCUCCCCUGUGGCCCAAGGAGAAGGUGGAUGUGAUUGAGGUGGAUGAAGGUGCUCCACUCAGCCUCCAAUGCAACCCACCCCCCGGCCUGCCCCCUCCUGUCAUCUUCUGGAUGAGCAGCUCCAUGGAGCCCAUCCAGCAGGACAAACGUGUGUCCCAGGGCCAGAAUGGGGACCUCUACUUCUCCAAUGUCAUCCUGCAGGAUGCUCAGACCGACUACAGCUGCAAUGCACGCUUCCACUUCACCCACACCAUCCAGCAGAAGAACCCCUACACCCUCAAGGUGAAAACCACCCGAGGGAUCUCGGAGACCACUCCCAGCUUCAUGUUUCCCUACGGGACCUCCAGCAGCCAGAUGGUGCUCAGAGGGGUGGACCUCCUGCUGGAGUGCAUCGCUUCAGGAGUCCCAGCACCAGACAUCAUGUGGUACAAGAAAGGAGGAGAGCUGCCAGCAGGCAAAACCAAGCUGGAGAACUUCAACAAGGCUCUUCGCAUCUCCAACGUCUCGGAGGAGGACUCCGGGGAGUACUUCUGCCUGGCCUCCAACAAGAUGGGCAGCAUCCGGCACACGAUCUCGGUGAGAGUGAAGGCUGCUCCAUACUGGUUGGAUGAACCCCAAAACCUCAUUCUGGCCCCUGGGGAGGAUGGCAGGCUGGUGUGUCGAGCCAAUGGGAACCCCAAGCCUUCCAUCCAGUGGCUGGUGAAUGGUGAGCCCAUAGAAGCUUCUCCCCCCAACCCCAGCAGGGAGGUGGCUGGGGACACCAUCGUGUUCCGGGACACGCAGAUCGGCAGCAGUGCUGUGUACCAGUGCAACGCCUCCAACGAGCACGGCUACCUCCUGGCCAACGCCUUUGUCAGUGUCCUGGAUGUGCCCCCACGGAUCCUGGCCCCCCGCAAUCAGCUGAUCAAGGUGAUCCAGAACAACAGGACCCUCCUGGACUGCCCCUUCUUUGGCUCCCCCAUCCCCACCUUGAGAUGGUUUAAGAACGGCCAGGGGAACACUCUGGACGGAGGCAACUACAGAGCCCACGAGAACGGCAGCCUGGAGAUGAGCAUGGCCCGGAAGGAGGACCAGGGCAUCUACACCUGUGUGGCCACCAACAUCCUGGGCAAAGCAGAGGCCCAGGUUCGCCUGGAGGUCAAAGACCCAACCAGGAUUGUGAGAGGCCCAGAAGAUCAGGUGGUGAAGAGGGGCUCCAUGCCUCGCCUCCACUGCCGGGUGAGGCACGACCCCACGCUGAAGCUCACGGUCACCUGGCUGAAGGAUGAGGCCCCCCUGUACAUUGGGAACAGGAUGAAGAAGGAAGAUGAUGGCCUGACAAUAUUUGGGGUGGCUGAAAAGGACCAAGGGGACUACACCUGCGUGGCGAGCACGGAGCUGGACAAGGACUCUGCCAAAGCCUACCUCACUGUGCUAGCUGUCCCUGCUAACCGUUUGAGAGACUUACCCAAAGAGCGCCCUGACCGGCCUCGAGACCUGGAGCUGACAGACCUGGCCGAGAGGAGCGUGAGGCUGACCUGGAUCCCUGGGGAUGACAACAACAGCCCCAUCACAGACUACAUCGUCCAGUUCGAGGAGGACCGGUUCCAGCCUGGCAUGUGGCACAACCACUCCAGAUACCCUGGGAACGUCAACUCGGCCGUCCUGAGCCUCUCUCCUUAUGUCAACUACCAGUUUCGGGUGAUAGCAGUGAAUGAUGUGGGCAGCAGCCUGCCCAGUGUGCCCUCUGAGCGGUACCAGACCAACGGGGCACGUCCUGAAAUUAACCCAACAGGAGUUCAAGGGGCAGGGACCCAGAAAAACAACAUGGAGAUCACCUGGACGCCUCUGAAUGCAACUCAAGCUUAUGGGCCCAACCUCAGGUACAUUGUGAGGUGGAGGAGAAGGGACCCCCGGGGCAGCUGGUACAACGAGACAGUGAAGAGCCCGCGGCACGUGGUCUGGAACACCCCGAUCUACGUCCCCUACGAGAUCAAGGUGCAGGCAGAGAACGACUUUGGGAGAGCUCCAGAGCCCGAGACCUACAUUGGCUACUCAGGGGAAGACUAUCCCAAGGCUGCACCCACGGAUGUUAGGAUCAGAGUGUUAAACAGCACUGCCAUUGCUCUGACCUGGACACGAGUGCACCUGGACACCAUCCAGGGCCAGCUCAAGGAGUACAGAGCCUAUUUCUGGAGGGACAGUAGUUUGCUGAAGAACCUGUGGGUCUCCAAGAAACGGCAGCAUGUGAGCUUUCCUGGAGACCGAAACCGGGGCAUAGUGUCCCGGCUGUUUCCUUACAGCAACUACAAGCUUGAGAUGGUUGUAACCAACGGGAGAGGAGAUGGGCCCCGAAGUGAAGUGAAAGAGUUCCCCACACCAGAAGGAGUGCCCAGCUCCCCCAGGUAUUUAAGAAUCCGACAACCCAACCUGGAAAGCAUCAAUCUGGAGUGGGAUCACCCAGAGCAUCCCAACGGAGUCCUCACAGGAUACAACCUUAGAUACCAAGCCUUUAAUGGAUCCAAAACGGGCAGAACUCUGGUAGAGAACCUCUCCCCCAAUCAGACAAGGUUCACCCUGCAGAGGACAGACCCCAUCUCGCGCUACCGCUUCUUCCUGCGUGCCCGGACCCAGGUGGGAGAAGGAGAAACCAUAGUGGAGGAGUCACCAGCCCUGCUGAACGAAGCCACUCCAACCCCAGCUGCAACUGAGCCACCUCCAACUACAGUCGCUCUAACCAGUACUACAACCACCCCAACUACCACCACCGACACAACUACCACAACUACUGACACCACUACUACUCCUCCUCCUCCUCCUGCCACCACAACUACUACUACCACCACCACCACCACCACCACUCCAGCUGCCACCACUCUACCUGCCACCACCGUCGCCAGCACCACAGCAGCCACCGAGAGGGCUCCAGCAGCCACCACAAAGCAGGAGCUGGCCACCAAUGGAUCAUCCAUAUGGGACAUAAGAGCUAUGGCUAAUAGUAACUGGGCAAACAUCACCUGGAGCCACAAUUACUCGGCAGGAACUGACUUUGUGGUUAAGUAUAUCACCAGUAACAAGACAGAGAGAUCAAUCCCUGUUAAGGCUCAGACCCCUUCCUCUGUGCAGCUGGCGGAUCUGACGCCGGGGAUGAUGUACAAGCUGUGGGUGUUCCCCAUAUGGUCUAGCCCCAGCGAGCACUCGUACAUCACCUUUACCACCAGCUCAGCUUACACCAAGAACCAGGUGGACAUCGCCACUCAGGGCUGGUUCAUCGGGCUGAUGUGUGCCAUUGCUCUCCUGGUCCUCAUCCUGCUGAUCGUUUGCUUCAUUAAGAGGAGCCGAGGUGGGAAAUACCCAGUCCGAGACAACAAGGAUGAGCACCUAAACCCCGAGGACAAGAACGUGGAAGAUGGCUCCUUCGACUACAGUGAUGAAGACAACAAGCCCCUGCCCAACAGCCAGACCUCCCUGGACGGCACAAUAAAGCAGCAGGAGAGCGACGAUAGCUUGGUGGACUACGGAGAGGGAGGGGAAGGGCAGUUCAACGAGGACGGCUCCUUCAUUGGCCAGUACACGGUGAAGAAGGACAAGGAGGAGACAGAAGGCAACGAGAGCUCAGAAGCCACCUCCCCAGUCAAUGCUAUCUACUCGCUGGCAUAGCUCAAAUGCACUGAAACCACCAACAGCCUGAGGUGUUUGUAGUGGUCGGGGGUUGGGGGGAGGGAGGAGGAGGAGGAGCAGGAGGAGGAGGUUCCACAGCCGCCGCUGCAGCCACUACCUCCGAGCGUCUGAAUGAGAGCAACCAACGGUGACAAACAGCAACAAAAGCGAACCAAACAACGAGACACACACACGAAAUAA